AGGGAGCAGAACUUUGGGGGCAGGGGGCGCAGGGGUAUCACCUGUGGGAUUCCCCCUCCGGGAGGAUGGGCUCAGACAGGAAGGGCGGCUUGGCUUGGCUUGGCUUGUGGGUUAAGACACUGGGCUGGGACCCAGGAGAUUUUGGUUUCAAUGCUCAGCUCUGCCACAGACUCCCCUGUGUGAGUCACUUCAUCAGAGAAUGAGCCGUCCCUGCCUCACAGGGCUGCUGGGAAGAUGAAUAUUUUCAUGGGGCUCAGAAGCCAUAAGGAGUGGGGCCGGAUAAGGACCUUGCUAGGCAGGGGGAGGGGACAGAGUCCAUCUUGCUGCUGCAACCAACAAGAAGCAGCUGCCGGUAUCCCAGGGAUGCAGAUGAACUUUCAGUCACAAUAAUUUGGCAUCUCAUGAGUGUGGCAAUGAGAGAUUUUCCACAGAAUAAGGCUGGUUGGAAACCACGUAUGAACAGCCAUAGGCACAAGCAAGGCUGAUGUCUGCUUAGUAGGGGGCUGGGAUGGACACGUGCGCCACACACUGUUUGUGUGUGCACAUGCUGUCUGCCUAUGCACAGACAGCACUCAUGCAAACAACACUUGAACACAUAAAUUUACAUGUGAUGGCCAGGAUUGAACAGGGAACUUUGUGAGUUUCUACAAUUUAAGCAAAAGAGCCAAGCUCUCGGGCUGAGAACUCUAAGAGACACACACCCUCUGGGUUGGGCGCAGAGGGAGAAUUCAUAACACACAUGCAUGCACAAGACCACGUGCAGGUACAGAUACGUGUGCAUCAUUGCACCUCUGAUAUUCAGCGACAGCAUUUCUACCUGUGCUUGUUCGUUCUACUUGUCUCCACUGCUAACCUUCAACUGGGGCGUCUUCCCUUUCAGCUAGUCAUGAGGUUAUUCAUCAUUUCCUGUCAAAAUGUUGUGCAAGCCGUGCUGUGUCCCACUUCAGUAAUGGGAGAAGUGAUUCCCAUAUAACUUGUAAAAGUAUUUGGAGAUUUAGAGAAAUAUAAACGGUUCUUAGCCUUGGCCUGAAAGAUGCAGUCCAUUGAUGUACGGAACUUUCCAUGCAUGUUGGGCUCCUACUGUCUAGUCACCAAAGAUCCAGGACGCGCAGUGGAAAGAUGAGCCUGAGGAUUCUCUUUCUCUUAGCUGGCUCGUUGGCAGGUCCCAGCCUAACUCCCGCCCCACUUCUUUACCUGGACAUGUCUUCCGACCCCCCUGCCCGAGGAGACUCCACCCGGCUCGUCUGCAUCGCGCCGAGAGCCUACGUGGACAGCGAGUUCUGGUUGCUGAAGAUGGAUCUGGUUCAGCCCGUACAGACACUGUUUGCCUCGGAGGCCCAGCAUCACGUCACCUUCAUCCUGGGGAACGUCACCGGGAAGGACGCCGGGCAGUACCGAUGCCGAUACCGCAGCUACAACGGGAGUGCCAGGCAGAUGUCAGAGUUCAGCAAUGUGGUGGAGAUCGCAGUGGCAGCAACUCCGAGUGCCCCUCCCCCAGCUUCCACGGCUGCUCCACAAGGUUCCCCGUGGCUGCUCCCUGUGACCCUCAGCGUGGCUGGAGCUUUGCUUCUGACCGUGAGCCUAGUAGUAGCAGUCGUGGCAGUCAGGCGAGUUAACACCAGAAGACAACAGCUGAAAAGGGAUCGGGAAUCAUGCUGGACAGAAACGAACUUUCCCACAACAGACAUGUCGUUCGAUAAUGGCCUGUUCACCGUCUCGGUGAAAAUGGACCUGGAAGCCACAGGCAGCCAAGAUGCCUGCAUCUCCCCAGGCUCCAGGAAAAGACUCAGCUCCGCUUCCUCUCUGGGAACCAACAGCUUCAGCACAUUCAAGUCCUUGCAGUGACGGCCCGGGUGGAGGCUGGCCCCGGAUGCUCCAGCUAGCGACUCCCUGGUCCCAGCACCGGCCCUUUCCUUAGUCCUUCCUUGGGCUCGGAGUCACCCCCAGAACGAGGCGUCUGCCAGAGGGGCCAUUACCAGGGUGCGAUUAUACGUCUUCAUUGGGAGGAGAAAGAGCUUCAGUUAAGCCUUGUGCCCUGCUGGGCGCCUCCAGGGCCACGUGACAUGGACACCAUGAAAAGAUGCCCAGAAUCUAGUCUACCUCCCGCAUCGUGAGCAGCGUCACCGGCUCAGCCCUGGCAGCUGAAUCGAUCCCUGGGGCAGGAUUAAUGUGGCUGGCAGUGGAUCCUUCCACUGUAGC